UGAAUUAUGGAGAAAGGGUGGGAUUUUAUACUUCCGCCCAAAUACUUAUUAUUAUUUGUAAAUAUUACUUUCUUUGUCUGCCUGCUUGUUUGUAUGUUCAUGUCUUUAUUUUACAUGUUUGAAAUAAAUAUUAAUAUCGAUCAGUUUGUUUAUAGGAAUAAAAUAUUUCUUAGGUAUGUUAUUUACCUGCUGAUGUGUUUCAUUGCAGACAGAGGAGAGGACCAGCCAUGAGUUUCAAAGCAGCAGCAGCUGGACUUGUUGUCUUCCUUCUCUCUGUGUCAGUGAUACAGGGUCAGGAUGGCUGGGAAAUGACUUACAGCUCUACUGAGAUCUGUGCUGUAAAAGGAUCAACAGUGGAAAUACACUGCAGCUACACAUACCCAUCCAAACUAAACGUCCAAGAUGUUACAGUGGAAACACUCUGGUUCACUCGAAUGAAUGGAAAUGAACCUUUGGAUCUGACAACAGACUCAGAGUAUGCAGGUCGUGUGCAGUAUCACUGUGAAGAGACAGACUGCACUCUGACAAUCACAGACCUGAGAGAGAGCGACACAGCUGUGUACAAGUUCAUGUUAAUCACAAAUCAAACAGAUGGGAGAUUUGCUGCCUUACCUGGAGUCACGUUGUCUGUCACAGCUCUCCAGGUGCAGGUGACCAGAAUAACAGUCGGGCAGUCUUAUAUUGAGGCAGAGCUGAAGUGUCACAGCAGCUGCAGUCCAGCUGGUCGUCUUUCCUACGUCUGGUUCAAGAGUGGAGAGAGACUGACGAAGGUGCAGACAGCUUCUUAUAAAGACUUGUUUCAUCUUGGACACAUCAUCUCCUGUGCUUUGCAAGGAUAUGAGCAGUUGCCCUCUCCUUCAGUGUAUGCUCCAAAGCGUUCCUCUGUGUCAGUGAGUCCCUCUGCUGAGAUAGUGGAGGGCAGUUCAGUGACUCUGACCUGUCGCAGUGAUGCUAACCCAGCAGCUAAAUACACCUGGUACAAGGAGAAUGUAAACCUCAAACCUCCCAGUGAAGAACCACAACUUGUCUUCAGCUCCAUCCAGUCCUCUGACUCUGGGUGGUAUUACUGCACAGCAGAGAACGAGCUGGGGAGGAGGACGUCCAAUGACAUCAUCAUUAAUGUGAAAUCAGAUGCUCCAAAGCUUCCCUCUGUGUCAGUGAGUCCCUCUGCUGAGAUAGUGGAGGGCAGUUCAGUGACUCUGACCUGUCGCAGUGAUGCUAACCCAGCAGCUAAAUACACCUGGUACAAGGAGAAUGUAAACCUCAAACCUCUCAGUGAAGAACCACAACUUGUCUUCAGCUCCAUCCAGUCCUCUGACUCUGGGUGGUAUUACUGCACAGCAGAGAACGAGCUGGGGAGGAGGACGUCCAAUGACAUCAUCGUUAAUGUGAAAUCAGAUGCUCCAAAGCUUCCCUCUGUGUCAGUGAGUCCCUCUGCUGAGAUAGUGGAGGGCAGUUCAGUGACUCUGACCUGUAGCAGUGAUGCUAACCCAGCAGCUAACUAUACCUGGUACAAGGAGGAUGAAGACUCACCAAAAGCAUCAGGACAGAUCUUCACCAUCACUGACAUCAGAGCUGAACACAGUGGGAAUUAUUACUGUGAAGCCCAGAACACAAGAGGACGUCAUAACUCCACCUUACAUCUGACUGUUGUGGCAGAUAAAUCAACAAAUACCAAAACGAUCAUCACGUUGACUCUGGUGUUUGUCAUGUUGAUUCUACUGCUUCUUGCUCUUCUUUGCUGUGUGAGAUUCACGAAGAAGACAGUCUGAGCUCCACCACUGAGCUGAAUGAACCCAAUGAGACUCUGGAGCAGUCAGAGUUUGAUCCUUGUACAAUCAACUCCUCAGCCUUGAGCACCAUCACUGCAGCACAGAUAGAAGACGCAAAGGAGAACCUGGUGUGAAGGAUCCGCCAGGUUUGAUGCUGCUGCAUGGAAAACCUAAUGAACUCAAAACAACUUCGUCCAUUUAUGAGUUUUCAGGUUUUAGUUGCAGCCGCAUGUAGCAGAAGAUUUGAGUUCAAUGAAAGCUUUAUCUGUACCUGUGCAGGUACAAUACAUAUAUCAAGGAUUUCAAAAUGGUAUUUUACGUUUUAAUAAACUGCUUGUGAAAAUA